AUGCCCGUAAUCAUCAUUGCAUCAUUAUGCCGUGAUAUGGAAAUAGUUUAUCGCCAGCAACUCCAGUGAUCUGUCCCUACAAAAGAUGGCAUUUUCCAGGUUUUAGCUUUUGUCCGGGCCGUCCCAGUAUGCACACGGAUUACAAUACUGAUGGCUUCGGAAUUGCCGACCUUCCUCAUCCCAUUUUGGUUGCUGUUUUCCUUCAUUUACAUGCACGUGUCCAAGGAAGGAUCCACAGGGUAUGCAUGCUGUGGCACCUAAUGCUGCCGGAACACCUCGUCACUAGGAACGUCUUAGUUGAUAUCGCCGUCGAAAUAUAUGAUACGCUAAACUCCCUCUGGAGCGACACUUACAGUCUCACCAUGGUACUCGACCAAAUGAUUACCAAGCACACGAAAACGCUUACCCUUGCCGAUUUCGGUGGCAGAGGGGAAUUCGAAAUACGGGCACACACGACACUGGAAGUGCUCCUUGCCAAAGGGAUCAAAGUACCAAUGAUUAUUAUCAAAAACUGUGCGAAUGCGAAUGGGGAACUAGUAAAGAAUGCAGUGGGAAGUGGAAAUUACGAAUGCGAAAACUUUUCAAAGCUGAUGGCCGUUUGUGAUCAGCUGUUGAUAGUGAAUCACGAAUUUACUGUUCAAACGUUUUUCCGCGAACCCGCAUUAUCUGUAUUAUCUGUUGGACAGCCACAAGCACUUCCAGAGCCGGAACAGAGGUUUCUACGACCUCGUUGCGACGACAAAGAUUAUCGGGUCGUUGCAAUCAACCGACUCAUUUUACACUCAGCAGAAACAAGUGACCAGCACGUGCGGCUUUUCUUACUGGCGGUCAAUAACAGUUAUCCACCUAUAAGCCACUUCGUCUACGAUAAAGUGGCAGUUAUAUACCAGCGUUGGCUGCAGACUUUGGUUUACCCGGAAGACUGGGCCGCAGUUCGAAAUUUUCUUAACCUAUUCAGCGGAUUUCACUUGGAUGGAAGCCUGCAACGAUGGGAUACACUGGAUCUCAGAAAGCUGAACAUCCCUGCUUUAAACAGACUAACUUUAGCGGCGAUAGAUGAAACUUUUAAGGAUGCAGACAAUGACUACUAACCGUUAACAGCUUUGAUGCUUUCGCCGUUACUGACUCGUCGUUCGUUUGCCAAUUAUUUUUGUCUGUUUGAAGGUUGCAACGUACGAUGUUCUCUCUGGCACACAGAUCUUCGCAAAACUUUCUAGACAGAAAACGAGAGAAACAGUAUUUCGCCAUCGCAUGGAUAUAGCGCAAGAGGGCGGGGCUUUAAAAUUUAGUCUAAGCCUCUCGCAGAUGUGCAAGGACACUGGUCAGUUGCACGAUUCUUACAAAAUUAGGGGUGGGUCUCAGUUUCGAAGCGAAUUUUCGCUAUGGUAUGGUUGAUCAACCGGCGCACGAGAUGGCUGUAAGCAGUGGCCACCCCGAAGACA